AUGGUGGCCCGGUUUACGAUGCCUUUCGGCGUGAAUGAUGGUAAGAAUGAUGAUGUGUGGGUGGACAUGGCGAAAUCCUUUGCGUGGCUUGAUGACGACAUUGAGAACGGCAAGUGGUCUGUGACCAAGCUGCUCAGGGACGGUUUCCGUAUUCUGGAAGAACUGCCAGACGUGGAAGUGGGCUCAGUAAUUUUCCCGAUAACGCGGGAGUUGAGCCGUGAGGAGAUGCAACAAUUGAAGACCACAUAUGACACCAACAACACCCUUCGCGCCUACGUUCUCCGGAGCGUGACCCAAUGUAUCUGCGCCGCCCUCGCGACUCGCUACGAAUUCUAUCCGACGGGGGUGUUCGAACCCUUCUAUAAGCGUAUGCGUUGUUGGCUUACGGAGUUCGGAUUAGACCUGGAAUAUUCCAAACAAGUCUUGGGUGAGCAACAAGCAAAACGCAUCGGGGAGCUGCACUUCUUCCCCUCGGUUCUUGCCAGAGUUGGGGCUUCUGGACCCGUCCAUUCGUUCACCGCGGUAGCACACCACCCGUGUCGCUCGAGGUUCCACCACCGAAACUUAACCGCGGUUAAAAAGCAAAUUGAUGAACGCCCCCGAGGACAGGUGCCAAUCAUCAAACUUCGAACGUGGGAUUCCGAAAAUAAAAAAUUACAACAAGAGUUCCCUUUCGAGAAUCAAUCAGUGUACAACAAAUGGGCCGCCAAAGAACUAACAGAUGAAGAAAGAGCGGCUUUAAUAGCUGCCAGACCGCCAUCGGUCCACAGUUCCACCGAGGACCUACACCUGGAGGAUAUUUUUUAA